AUGGGAAAUCAGGUCUCGACAUUUCCAGAAAGACCAGAAAAUUUUUCGUACUUCAGUUUCACAUUUUGUUGGGACACAAUUAAACUGAUUGAUGCACCAGAUGAUAUUGUUGAGCUGAUAUCUACAACAAUAAGUGAAAACUAUUCUAUCAACAUCCAAGGGAUUACCAGCAGCAAAAGCGGUAAGGCUGUACAGCUAAAGUUUGAUGGUUUUCCUUUCAUUCCUAAUUCGUCCAAAGAAACCGCAGUAGCGACAAAGCUUAUGCUUUGUGCGUUGCUGGAAACUUUGGCGAUCAAUGGUUGGCAACUUGUCCUUAGCAGUGAUCUCAGUCGACUGUACGAUUCAUCAACGCUGUUCUUCCGACGAACGCCUGAAUACAGUCAGAGGCCAUGUAAAAUCAUAUGCUUAAGUCUAAGCGCUUACGACAAAUUGCAACUUAUUAACGCAGCACCGCAGGUUUAUUCUGUAUUGGUAUCUUGUGCUGGAGAUUUAAUACAGAAGCAAAGUGCCAAUGAAAAUUUUUUUGAGAUUCAAUUGGCAGGUAAUUUUUGGGCCAGCGUUACAUCGUUGAAUGACUUUUUAGCUCGUAGUCUUUUACUUAAAUGUUUUAUUGAAUUUCAAAAAGUAAAUUAUCGCUAUUACGGAACUGCAAAUAUAAAAGGCACGGCAGAUUGCAUUUUUUUCAUAUCUGAUGGCCAAAUUUUAAGUGAAUUUGACCAUUGCAUGUUGUCUCUAAAUCGAAACGAUCGAAUUCGUUUAAUUGGUGCUCCUUCAGAAGCUAUACAAGCCGUUAGCAAAUGCAUUGGAACGUACUGGACAAAAGGGCUGCAGAAAGCUGGGCCAAAAGAGAAUGGACUUUAUUACGAAUACAAAUUGGCUGGUAAUCCGUGGUGGAGUUAUGGGCUAGAGGCUGUUGAGACUCGACUUUUGAUCUCGUUGAUAAUGCAAUACAUGUCUGGUAUUGGCUGGGAGAUUGUUACUGCUCUUGAUAUUUCACGACUUCCAAAUGAUAAGGCUGUAUUUAUAUUUCGACGAUGCGCAGCUGCAAAUGUACCGCAUUUUGCGAUCUCUCCUGCUGGAUAUGAUAGAAUUAGGAUAAUUAAUGCUGAUAAAGAAAUGGUAGAAUUUGUUGAUAACAUUAUAAGGGCCAGUUGGACUGCUGGAAUUCAAAAAACCGGGCUGUAUGGAAACAGUUUUGAAAUAAAGCUUGGUGGAUUUCCAUGGGCAACUUCAGGACAUGGUGGUACAACUUUUGAGCUAUGUCGAAUGCUGAUGACCAGAUUGCUUCUUGGAUUAGAGACACGCGGAUGGAAAGUUGCUUGUUCCGCAGAUGUCAGCUCUAAACAUGACAAUAACGGGUACAAUAGUAAACGAGCUCUAGACGUCAACACCUGGUUUGUUGCCUACAGAGGCCAAACUCAAGUCCCGAGUGUUGCAGCUGCUCAAAGCUACCCGGUGCCAUCGGCUCCAACUUUACCAUCUUCACACUUCGUUUGUCCUCAUGACGCUCCUCCGUCGUAUGAAGAGGCAGUUAGAACUUCGUCAACUAGCCCACUAUGUUAUGGUGCAACAAAUCGAGGUUUUUGA